AUGUGCAGUUUUCUCAAGGGACGUCUUCUAUGGCAAUAUGUGACUGGUGAGAUUCCCAAACCUACUAAAAUUGUUGAUGAAACAGAAGAUAAAUUUGCUGAACAAAUAGAAAAAUGGGACGGGAAAAAUCAUCAAAUAUUGACCUGGUUUCGCAAUACUUGUAUUGCAAGCAUCAAGUUGGAAUUUCGCAGAUAUGACUCUCUUAAAGAGGUAUGGGAUUUCUUACAAGCCCGUUAUUCUAUUUCCGAUGAUGUGCAUCAAUUUCAGCUCUAUAGGUGUCUUCACCGUAUGAAGCGGCAACCUGGACAGACCAUUCACAGUUAUGUCUCUGAAUCACAAGUUCUUUGGGAUCAGUUAGCACAAUGUGAACCUGAAUGGGAUAGUACUUCUGCAGCUACUACUUAUUCCAAGCUUCGCGAUCGCCAACGUGUUUGGCAUCUUCUGAUGACUCUCAGGGAUGAGUAUGAACCUAUUAGUGGUACUCUACUUCAUCGUAGCCCAUUGCCUUCUCUUGAAGUUGUGAUCAAAGAUUUGCUUUCUGAAGAARCUSGUCUAAAAACAYUUCGAGAUGAGCGAUCCUUAUUAUCUACUGAUGUUGUUCUUGCUACUCCAGGUAUGCCCGCUACUUCUUCAACUAAAUCUUCAAAACGGACUUUCUGCAAUUACUGCAAGAAGACUGGUCACACUAUUUCUGAGUGCCACCGCUUGCAAACCAAAAAGGCGUAUGGACAGAAGUCCUCAUCCAUGAGUUCUCAAGCUUCAAGUUCUACUGCAACUGCUACCACAGAGAAUUCUUCUGAUAACACCUCUCCAAAAUUUUCUCUUAGAGAACUUCAAACUCUUCUUCACCAGCUCCAACCUGAUUCUAGUAUGCCUUCUAAUUCAGUAUUGUCCGUCAUUCUAGGUAUUACCUCAUCAUGGUAUUUUGAUUAUGCCUGUUGCAAUCAUAUGACAUCCAAUUCAUCACUGUUCACUUCCAAGUCACAUCCUUCUAUUAUACCAAUUGUUCAUAUUGUCGAUAGUUCCACCUUAACUGUCAAAAGUAUAGGCACUAUUUCAACAUCUCGCUUGUUACUUCCUAACACCUUUUCGGUACCUCAAUUAUCUCUAAAUCUUAUAUCUGUUGGACAAUUAUGUGAACUUUGUUUUGAAAUACAUUUCUCAAAUCGUGGUUGUACUGUGCAGGAUUCACGUACAGGAAAGAUUAUUGGGACAGGCCGUAAGUUUUCCUCUAUCAUCAAGAUUUUUCGCACUGAUAAUGCCAUGGAAUACAGAGGUUCUAUCCUUAUCCAAUUCCUUUCACAAAAUGGAACUAUCAUUCAUAGAUCUUGUCCUGGUACCUCUCAACAAAAUGGGCGUGCAGAACGAAAACAUAGGCAUAUUCUUGAUACUGUUCGAGCUCUUUUAAUCUCUUCCUCUUGUCCUGAACGUUUUUGGGGGGAAGUAGCCCUCAUUAUUGUUUAUACUAUCAAUCACAUUCCUUCUCCUGUUAUUGGUAACAUUUCUCCUUAUGUCUAUGUUGUUUUCUCGGGUAUGUCUCUCCCCAUUUCAAGUUACCACGACAUCUUCACAUUUUUUACUGAUCCUACUAUCUCGUUUUUUCUUGAUGAUUUACCUGCAAGUCCAACUACUUCUUCCUCUGAUAGCUCUAAUAGUACUGCACAACCUGCAACCUCUCCUAAUGCAUCUACCUUGGCUAUGGAUCCUCCAGCUCUUCCUUCUUCUGAGCCCUUGAUUCCUCCUGAUGAAUUCGACUCUACUCAUUCUGAUGUUUCACUCCAUCGCUCUGGUAGGGUCACUAAACCUUCCAUUCUUCUUCGUGAUUUUCAUUGUUAUUCUACCAUUGUAUCUUUAUAUGAGCCUUGUACCUAUCGCAGGGCUAGUACUGACCCUCUAUGGCAGAAGAAAUUCAAGCUCUUACAAGCACUCAUACUUGGGAUUUAG